AUGAAGCGCGCAGCAACAACAUCCUCCCUAACCAUAACCGACCCCUUCAUCAAAUACACGACCCUCGUCGCCCAGGGAACCUACCUCCCUGACGCGGCCCAAUACCGCUUAGCCCACCACCUCCAAAAAGUCUACCUUCGCCUGAAAGACUACAAGCCCUCGCCCGAGUACCGCCGACGCUUGCGUCAACUGUCUCGUGCGCUCGACGCCCAUGAGGCCCACGUGCGGAACACGGCCAAUCUCGCCUCGGCGUCGCAUCCGAUAAGGAGGAAUCCGCUCUUUGCGAGGUUCUUUCAACAGGAUGAUGGGAACGGACAGGCAUUGGGGAGGGAGUCAUUGGCCCUGGCGAGGGUAUUGACGAGUCACCAGGCCGCGUUAGCGAUAGAUUCGCCCAAGGGGCUGUUCGUGUCUGGGGAGGUCGGCACGGGGAAGAGUAUGUUGCUUGAUCUCCUCGCCGACGGGUUACCUACACGACAUAAAAAGCGCUGGCACUUCAACACCUUCAUGCUGCACACUCUUUCCAAACUCGAGCACUACCGGCGGACGUAUGCUUCCCACGGCUCCGGCUCUGGCGCGGAGUACUCCCUCCUCUGGCUCGCGCGCGAGCUGGUCGAGACGUCCCCUAUCUUGUUCCUCGACGAAUUCCAGCUUCCCGACCGCGCAGCAAGCAAGAUCAUGAGCCACCUGUUCAUCGCAUUUUUCCAAUUAGGCGGCGUGCUGGUUGCCUCGUCGAACAGAAUGCCCGAGGAGUUGGAGAAGGCGACGGGGGGCGCAUUUGUCCCGCCUGCGACGGGGGGAUUGGUCGAGAGGGUGUUUGCUUUGGGCAGGAGACUCGCCGGAUGGGGGGAGCUGUAUGGGGCGAGUAGUGAUUUUGCUGCGUUCUUGGAGGUGUUGAGGGCCAGAUGCGAGUUUUGGCAUGUGGAGGGGACGAGGGAUUUUAGGAGGCGGGAGGAGGAGGUAGUGAACGUAGUGAGUGGAGGGGGUCAGUUUGAUUCUCUCGAUGGGGGCUCGCUCCUAACGGGCACGGCAGAACUCCCCUCGCAGAAUGAACCUCCCUCCGACACGGCGACUCAUCCUGCGAUGUACACCCUCACCAGCUCCCCCUCAGACACCUGGUCCUCUCUCGUCCUCGCGGCCGCCGGCGUCCCUCCCCCCUCCCACUCCCCCACCUCCUGGACCCCCGAUUCACACACUGUCUACGGCCGCUUGCUCCCCGUCCCCCACACACACAACGGCGUCGCGUACUUCCGCUUCCCCGACCUGGUCAGCACGCUCGGACCCGCAGAUUACAUCACCCUCGCCUGCAACUACCACACCUUCAUCAUCGAUGACGUGCCCGUGCUGCCGCUGUCCAUGAAGAACGAAGCAAGGCGGUUUAUUACCUUGUUGGAUGCCCUGUACGAGGCGAGGUGUAAGCUCUUAAUUCGGGCAGCCGCCGGACCAGACGAAAUAUUCUUUCCCGAGACGCGGCGCCCCCGCCCCUCACAAUCCCCCGACGGUACGAGCGAAGAAGGGGACGCCACCUACGCAGAAACCCUCUCCGAAGUUUACCAAGACCUGGUGUCCCCCUUCCGCCCCAACACCUCCUCCACCUACGUCCCCUCUGCCCCCGAACCCUCCCUCACUUCCCCCUCAACCACCCCCCAAAUCGACUUUCUGUCCUCGACGAAAACUUUCACCGGCGAAGACGAGCGCUUCGCCUACAAGCGUGCGACCUCCCGGCUGUGGGAGUUGUGUAGCAUCCGCUGGCAUGGGAAUCCCACAGAGCAGUGGUGGAUGCCAUUGCCAACAGAGGCAAGGCAUUGGGAAGGCGGGGAGGUGAGUAGGCCGCUACAGGAUGCUAAGGAUGUGAUGGUUAGGGCCGCGGGGAAGGGGGAGGGGUUCGUGGGGGAACGCGUGUUGGAGGGCCCGAUGGGGUUGAGUAAGUACGUUGUAGAGAGGCUUAAGAAGGAGGAGGUUGAGCAGGUGGGGGAGGAGGGAAGUUGUGAUAAAGAGGAGGGGAGGUAA